AGCCUUUCUUUUCCAGGAGGGGCACUCAAAUUCGGAGGUAAGAGGAAUGGAAGGCGCUGAACGACCCACGAUUUUGAUCACUAACGAUGAUGGAAUCGAUGCACCUGGUUUGAGAGCUUUGGUCCAGGUUCUUGUCUCCACUAAUCGUUUUAACGUUCAAGUCUGCGCCCCUGAUAGGGAGAGGUCGGCUGUUAGUCACGGUAUUACAUGGCUCCAUCCUAUACAAGCCAAGCCAGUAAACAUUGAUGGAGCCUCAGCAUAUGCGGUUUCUGGUACUCCGGCUGAUUGUGCCUCUCUGGGAAUUUCCAAAGCUCUAUUUCCUACAAUAGCUGAUCUGGUACUCAGUGGCAUAAACAUGGGUAGCAACUGCGGUUAUCACGUUGUUUACUCAGGGACAGUUGCUGGUGCUCGAGAAGCCUUCUUUAAUGAUAUACCUUCUAUCUCCAUUUCAUAUGACUGGGUUAGGGGAAAGAGUAACGAACAUGACUUUUCCCUUGCUGCUCAAGCAUGUCUACCUAUCAUAAGUGCAGUACUGGUUGAGAUCAAGAAUCAAAGAUACCCACAAAGCUGCUUUUUGAAUGUAGAUUUGCCAGCUAAUAUUGCUGAUCAUAAGGGGUACAGGCUAACAAAGCAGGGAAAAAGUUUUUUCAAGAUGGGGUGGAAGCAAGUGACCUCAGGGACACAAGGAGAAAGAAUGUCAUCUACAAUGACCAUGGAUGUAGAUACAGCAGUACCUACAGAAACUAACACAUCAUCUGUAUCACCAGAACAUCUUUUAUUCAGGAGAGAAGCAAAAGGUCCUCACCUUGAUGAUGGUGAUACAGAUCACAAAUUUUUGAAGAAAGGAUAUAUCACUGUUACUCCUCUUGCUGCUCUAUCUCAAGCGGAGGCACAUUGUCAUGCCUAUCUAAAGGACUGGCUAUCAAGUAUUCAUGAACUCCCCUCAUCAGCAGCUUUAUAGAGCUAUUACUCCAGUUUUAGCUGAUCUCUACCUCAGUCUGCUGCUAAAGAAAUCGCUAGAGUCCUGCGCUCAGCAUUGCUAUUCCUUGCAGUUUGGUUGCAUCAGUCAGCAUGGCCGUUGUUUUCAACAUUGUUGGAGACGUUAAGGACGUUAAAGACAUUUCUGAUUUCCCUAUAGCUCUUAAUAUAUGAUUGAAUGAGGAAGCCUAUUUUCUGUAAGCUAAUAAGGUGUGGCUUAUUUUUAAAUCAUUUUGUUGACACUCGACAAAUUUUCAUUACCUUGCGAUCCUGGAAUUCCUAUUUCUUACAGUAUCUGUUGAAAAUGAACUAGAGUUUACCUGAA